GGCGUCACGUACUCCAUGGUAACGACGCGCAGCUCAAAGAUGGCGCCGGAAUGGGUCGGAGGAGCGGGUUCCUCGGGCGAAGGCCCGGGCCCAAGCCGGUGGCGCUGGAGCGGUUCUUUAUGGGUCCGAGGCGUUUUACUCCUGUUGGGUGGGCUCCGGGCAAGCGCUACAUCUAUUCCUGUCUCCUUGGGCAGUUCCCCUCCCUGCCGGCACCACGUCCCCUCUGACACCGAGGUAAUAAAUAAGGUCCAUCUGAAGGCAAAUCAUGUUGUAAAGAGAGAUGUUGAUGAACAUUUAAGAAUCAAGACUGUCUAUGAUAAAAGUAUUGAAGAGUUGCUUCCUGAAAAAAGAAACCUUGUUAAGAACAAACUUUUUCCACAAGCUAUUUCUUAUUUAGAGAAGACUUUUCAGGUUCGUAGACCUGCAGGCACUAUUUUACUUAGCAGACAAUGUGCAACAAACCAAUACCUACGGAAGGAAAAUGAUCCCCAUAGAUACUGUACUGGGGAAUGUGCAGAGCAUACAAAAUGUGGCCCAGUUAUAGUGCCUGAAGAGCAUCUCCAGCAAUGCAGGGUCUGCCGUGGAGGUAAGUGGCCCUGUGGAGCAGUGGGUGUGCCAGACCAAGAGGGUGUCCGGGAUGCUGACUUCGUUCUUUAUGUUGGUGCUCUGGCCACUGAGAGGUGCAGCCAUGAAAACAUCAUCUCUUAUGCAGCCUAUUGUCAGCAGGAAGCAAAAAUGGACAGGCCAAUAGCAGGAUAUGCUAACCUGUGUCCAAAUAUGAUCUCUACCCAGCCUCAGGAAUUUAUUGGAAUGCUGUCCACAGUGAAACAUGAAAUUAUUCAUGCCCUGGGUUUCUCUGCUGGUUUAUUUGCAUUCUACCAUGAUAAAGAUGGAAAUCCUCUAACUUCAAGAUUUGCAGAUGGUCUCCCACUUUUUAAUUACAGUCUUGGGUUAUAUCAAUGGAGUGAUAAAGUAGUUCAAAAAGUGGAGAGAUUAUGGGAUGUUCGAGAUAACAAGAUAGUUCCUCAUACUGUAUAUCUCCUAGUAACACCUCGUGUUGUGGAUGAAGCACGAAAACAUUUUAACUGUCCAAUUUUAGAAGGAAUGGAACUUGAAAAUCAAGGUGGUAUGGGCACUGAGCUCAACCAUUGGGAAAAGCGAUUAUUAGAGAAUGAAGCAAUGACUGGCUCUCACACCCAGAACCGAGUCCUCUCUCGAAUCACUCUGGCAUUGAUGGAGGACACUGGCUGGUAUAAAGCUAAUUAUAGCAUGGCUGAGAAGUUAGAUUGGGGCCGAGGAAUGGGCUGUGACUUUGUCAGGAAGAGCUGUAAAUUCUGGAUUGAUCAGCAGAGGAAAAAGAGGCAGAUGCUGAACCCUUAUUGUGACACACUCAGAAGUAAUCCAUUGCAGUUAACUUGCAGACAGGACCAGAGAGCAGUUGCAGUGUGUAAUUUGCAGAAGUUUCCAAAACCUUUGCCUCGAGAAUACCAGUAUUUUGAUGAACUCAAUGGCAUACCUGAAGAAGAUUUGCCUUAUUAUGGUGGUUCAGUAGAAAUUGCUGACUACUGCCCUUUCAGUCAGGAAUUCAGUUGGCAUUUAAGUGGUGAAUAUCAGCGCAGCUCAGAUUGUAGAAUAUUGGAAAAUCAACCAGACCUUUUAAAAAACUACGGUGCUGAAAAGUAUGGACCUCAUUCAGUUUGUCUAACUCAGAAAUCAGCUUUUGUCAUGGAAAAGUGUGAAAGGAAGCUGAGUUACCCAGACUGGGGGAGUGGAUGUUAUCAGGUUUCUUGCUCUCCACAAGGUCUAAAGGUUUGGGUCCAAGAUACUUCAUAUUUGUGUAGUCGGGCUGGGCAGGUCCUCUUCGUUAGUAUUCAGAUGAAUGGCUGGAUUCACAAUGGAAACCUGCUCUGUCCAUCCUGUUGGGACUUCUGUGAACUCUGUCCUCCAGAAACAGAUCCUCCAGCUGCUAACUUGACCCGAGCUCUACCACUGGAUCUCUGUUCCUGUUCCUCUAGCCUGGUGGUCACCCUCUGGCUACUGCUAGGCAAUUUAUUUCCUCUGCUGGCUGGAUUUCUUCUGUGUGUAUGGCACUAGGAAUGGAAAAGUGAAUUCUCAAGGCAUUCCUUCAUGUCAUGUUUCUCUGAACAAAGCACAAAAAUCUGGGCGAGCACCAGCCUAUGCAGAUGGCGGAAGUGGCAUUCCUGACUUCGGCCUGAAAGUGUUGCCCACAAUCAGACCUUGAAGCACAGCUUCACAGCAGUCCCUCUUCAUCAGCAACCCAACAGCCUCAGCUGGGAGAAGGGGAAGGAAUUCCAGGUCAUCAAGUCUCUUUAUU